CAAUCAAACGCACAUUUGAUUGGACCGGCACAUUCAGCAAGUGAAAAGGGGUAAAUGUAAGUCUGAACCUGGUCUGAACAUAAUGAAAAUAAUUCACUUAAUAAUGGUAGGGUCAAUUCUAUCCUUACAACAUAUGGGAAGACAAUCAAAAUUACCUAUAUAACUGAACUCAUUAUAUAAUGCAAAUAAGGUUGCUUAAAAGUUGGUGGGGACAAUUUGACCCUCUUGAAAAGUUGGUAGUGUUAUGUCCCUACCGUCCCUAUGCAAACCUACACCCUUGCUUUUGGUGAUGUAAGAUGCAGCUUUGUGACUGGAGAGCCCUCUUUCCACUGUCAAAAGUUGCAUUUCGGUUUGAUUUGCAAACAGUGGCUGAUCAUGGCACCUUUGGCUUUCCAUACAUACACUGGCUUCCUUCAAUUGCAACGUCUUUUGCAUAUUGUAAAUGGGCCUCAACUACAAAUGUAAUGUAUUGACGAAAUGUAGAGCCCCGAACCUCACUGUAUAUGCUGCGUCUUAGAGCAGAAAGAUGCAUAUAGACACAGAAGAGUGAAGAAGGACAAUAGAAGGAUCCUAUAUUACUUCCUUCUCCCUCUGAAACGUCCUCUUCCGCUCCGCUGGCGUCACGCGUUCCAGGCCCCUCCCACUCGGUGACGUAGGACUUCCAGUUGUCGCAGGCUGAUGUUGAUACACGGAUGUGGAUCCGCUGCGAACAUUUUUACGCUUUUUUUCUCGCCACCGAGGCUACGAACCGUGAGAAAUGGAGCGGCUGGCCCCCAUGCGGCUCUACACCUUGUCUAAAAGGCACUUUGUGUUGGUGUUUGUGGUCUUCCUCAUCUGCUUCGGCCUCACAGUCUUCAUUGGGAUUGCAGGUCCUAAGAUUAUUGCUGAACACGAGUGCAAUGGCACCCGGUUCCUUGUAAAGGAUUCUUCAGUUAAAACUGGGCCCUUCAAUUUAUUGUCUUCUCCCCUCACCACCUACAACCAGCAGCUAUGGCUCACCUGUGUGAUGCAGGCUCAGAACAGCAAUAUGGGAGACUUCAAGCAGCCCUUUGAAAUCAGCGUGGAGCUGAAAGGAGUGAUGCAGGACGCCAGCAUGAUGCACAUCAACAAAGUACAGAAGUCGCGGACUUUACACUGCGGAGUGGUAAGUAAAUGUGAUGAGAUCAUUUUGCUGCAUCUCGGCUACCUGAACUACACCCAGUAUCAAGUUUCUGUCAGCUUCAAAAACCUCGAAAAUAUCACGUAUGAAAUCAAGGUUCAGUUUGUGUGGAAAACGUACAAUCCGACAUUCUCACAAGUGGAAAUCUGGUUCCGGUUCGUCUUUGUGGUGUUGACCUUUAUGGUGACGUGUAUGUUUGCUCAUUCGCUGAGGAAAUUUUCUAUGAGGGACUGGGGAAUAGAACAGAAAUGGAUGUCUAUUCUGCUUCCUUUGCUGUUGCUCUACAACGAUCCGUUCUUCCCGCUGUCAUUCCUGGUGAACAGCUGGUUUCCGGGGACGUUGGAUGCUUUCUUUCAGGCUCUCUUCCUGUGUGCUCUGCUGCUCUUCUGGCUCUGCGUCUACCACGGCAUCAGGGUUCAGGGUGAGAGGAAAUUCCUGACGUUCUACCUGCCCAAGCUGAUCAUCGUAGGUCUGCUGUGGCUCUCAGCGGUUACACUCGGCAUAUGGCAAACGGUUAAUGAACUCCAGGAUCCUACUUAUCUGUACAAAAUUGACAUAGCAAACUUUCAGGGUAUGAAGGUCUUUUUCCUGAUUGUGGUCUCCUUCUACAUCCUCUACUUGAUAUUCCUGAUCGUCAGAGCUUGUUCUGAACUCAAGAACAUGCCUUACUCAGAUCUCCGGCUGAAGUUUUUGACGGCGCUGACGUUCGUCGUCCUCGUUAUAAGCAUGGUCAUUCUCUACCUGAGGUUUGGUGCCAAGGCUCUUCAAGACAAUUUCGUGGCUGAAUUGUCUACUCAUUACCAAAACUCAGCUGAAUUUUUAUCCUUCUAUGGCCUGCUCAACUUCUACUUGUACACAUUAGCAUUUGUGUAUUCUCCCUCCAAAAAUGCCCUUUAUGACUCCCAGCUGAAAGAUAAUCCAGCGUUCUCCAUGCUAAACGACUCGGAUGACGAAGUGAUAUAUGGGAGUGAUUACGAAGACAUGCCUUUACAAAACGGACGUGCCAUCAAAGCAACCGCCAAGUACCAGGAUGAGACUGACAGCGACUGAUGUGUCCUCCCUCCUCUGUGUUAAAUCUGUCACAAGGAACCUUCAUGUGCAAAUACGGUGCACUGGCAUUGGUAGUAUAAAAUGAUUGACUGGACGUGUACAUAAAUAUAUUUUUAAAAAAAGAUCAAUUCCAUGUCUACUGAAUGUACUGUACUUUUGAAAGGUGAGUUAUGUAGCCACUCAUUGAAAACAAGAAAACAAACGCUAAAGUAAACCACUAAAGGUUUUUACCAUUUUGUAAACCAGCAUUUCUUCACAGCCUGAUGACAAACAAUUACCAGGGAAAGUGCUGAUAUUCAUUUGGGAUUUAUGCGUGGGAUCCUUGUGUUUAAUGCUUUCUGUUGAACCACUGUUGUUUCACUGCAUACUUUUGUUGUUUGUGCCAUUCCACUCUGCUCUCUGACAGUCUGAGAAUAAUGAGAAUAACUUUUUUUCUUGCCAAAGCUGAGUAAACACAGCAGAAAUGGUAAAAGAAACUCCCAACUGGAAGAGCUGCAAGUACACUGACCGCAUGUAUUUCUACUCACAUGAUUCCUGAACAGGGUAUCUGUUGAUAAAUCCAUUGUCCUCAGACAUUUAAAAAUACAGAGAGCCUUAACCGAAGUAACAGUCCUCCUACUAAUUCAUUUUUUUCUAAGCUUUGUAAUUGCACUUUUCAAGAAUUUUUAUUUUGCCAAAAAGUGAUAACAUUUGAUACUGUAUCAUCUGACUACAUGGAUGGAUGGAUUUGGAUCAUUUGUAUGAAUUUUCUCACAACUUUGUCAUUUCACUGCUGACCUGUCAUUUCUUUACCCAGCACGAACUUUUUCCCCAUGCCUUUGUUGAACACGCUAUGUUCGAUAAUCAUUUCCCUCCCAUGGCUUAGCUUAAAUUGCCUACAAUGAGGUAAUUGCUGCCAUUUUCUUUUAUAAAACCAGAGCUAAUGGACAACAACAGCCAAAACGAAUAUAUCUCUGUUCUCUACAAGUAUGUAUUUUAAUCAAGAUGGUGCCUUGUCUUCACAUUACUCUGUUUUCUUCUAACUGGCCUGUAAUCUCACAUUUGUAAAUGCUUUGACAUAAAAGUACAUGUUUGAUUCUUUCCGUGUGAAUGUAGCUUAUGUUGGUUUAAGGUGGUGAAAUGAGAUUGCUUUUGAAAUGUGUUAAAGUACCCGCAAAAUUUUGUUGCUUUACAAGAUAAAUGCUGUACAUGUAGCAGUAUCACGUGGCGUGUAAAUAAAGCAAAGCAUAUACAGCA